GGUACUCCCAAGUUCCAACUACAAACUCCCAACUCCAAAGCACUUUUGUUAAUAACGUAGUAAAGGAAAACUCGGUUCACACUAAAAUGCACUUCUUUUUUUGGUCAAGGAAAAACUCGGGUCACCCGUGCGAUCUGAAUGUGAAUGGCUGGCGGGCUCAAUCCACAAAUCGCAAAAUUUCUAUCCUCUUUUUUUCGCAAAGAAAAAAAAAAAAUGGCCAAACACGAAUCAGGACGCCAAAACAAAUUACCGGUUUUCCACAUUCGUCACCGGCCAAGUAAUCAAUACCCGACAAAAAAUUCGUCAUCGUUCGCCCUUCACAAGCCAAUCAAAUUUCACCUUCAGAAAUUUUCUUGGUAAUACUCAUUCUCAACGCAACGGAAUCCCACUCACCAAACAAAUUUUUCAAUCUUCUUUGUGUGCACAAAAAGCUCAGCUAUCGCCGCCGGCUCUGCCGCCGUCUCUGAACGAAUCCCUAUGCUCCUCGGUUUGAGCAACCCGUAUCCGAAAAGUUACCCUGCUUCGUCUUCCCUGUUUCUUUAGUUCCUGCGGUUCAAUCAAUUUGAGCUCUAGGGUUCUACGUGCUUUACAUUUUUCCUGUUUUUGAAUCGUUCAAGAAGGUUGACUUUUUGAAGUCGAGGUAGGAAAGCUGUUCUGUUCUAGUUCAGCUCGAGUACUUCAGAUGGAUCUGGAGUUGGUCAAAAGGGGUGUGCAUUUCUCAAAAAGGAAGAGGAAGUGGAUUUUCAUAUUGGGUUUGGCGGGGCUCUCGAGCUAUGGUGUGUAUAGAGUUUACCACUUGCCUUCUGUUGUUAGGAAAAGGAAGAUGCUUUUCAAGUUAUUAGGUUCCUUGGUGUCAGUUGCGGAAUUGGUUUCUGAAUCUGCGGAUACAAUGCAUACUGUGUCCAAGGAUUUGAAGGAAUUCUUGCAGUCUGAUUCUGAUGAGAUUCCCAAUAGUUUGAAGCAGUUAUCUAAAAUUGCCCGAUCCAAUGAGUUUUCUGGGUCAUUGAUUAGGAUAUCAGAGGCUAUGACCACUGGGGUGUUAAGGGCCUACAACUCAGAGAACAGGGGUGAGAUUGAGGAAGUGGGCAAACCGAGUUUUCCUGAGAAAAUAAUGGAUAAGUUGAUGUCUAGUGCUGGGACUGGAUUUGUUUCUGUUGUUGUGGGAAGCUUUGCCAGGAAUUUAGUCUUGGGGUUUUACUCGAAUGGAGUAUCGGGUGAAGAAGGGUUCAAUGUAGAUGGGCAUAGUGGUAUGUCUGAGCCGGUGCCUGGAUGGGUAAAUGUGGUCUGUGAUGAUAAAUGCAAGACCCUCAUAGCUGAUUCCAUAAAGACUUUUGUCAGUACGGCUGUGGCUGUUUAUCUUGAUAAAACAAUGAACAUCAACUUUUAUGACGAGCUCUUCACUGGAUUGACUAAUCCUAAGCAUCAGACUAAAGUCGGUGACAUUUUGGUUUCACUCUGUAAUGGCGCUGUGGAAACACUAGUGAAGACGUCUCACCAAGUGUUGACAUCUUCGAAUUCUAGUUCUGCAUCAGGCAAUGGUGUCAAUGAAGGCUCUAUAUCAUCAAGCAACAAGUUUUUGGAUCAAGAUGCAUCUUUAGUCAAAGGGCAAGAAAUAUGCAGACCUGUGAAGUCUCAGAAUGGUGGAUGGGCGAGUAGUGUUUCAUCAACAUUGUCAGUUCCAAGCAAUCGAAAAUUUGUGUUGGAUGUGACUGGCAGGGUUACCUUUGAAACUGUUCGAUCCCUCAUAGAGUUUGUCUUUUGGAAGAUUUCAGAGGGGCUCAAAAGAAGCUUUGCGGUCAUCCAUGAGGAUGUUAUUGAUAGAGGGCUGGAAGUCAUCAGAUAUGUCGGUGCCAAAGCAUCUGUUAUUCUUACUAUAUGCCUUGCAUUGUUUUUGCACAUACUGGGCACUAGUCGUGCCAUGUUGCCUGCAUGAUUUCUUGUUUCUUACCUUAUCAUAUUUAUGAAGAUAAUUCUGACAAUGGCAAUUUGCUGACACAUCUGUGGUGGAUAAUUUGGAUGCAUUUGCCUGGCAGUAGGUUGAGGUACAAAUGUUGCCAAUUAGCCAUGAUUAUAGGUUCUCAAAUUCAGAAGAAGUUGAAGGUUAUGGAGGACAGCAUCCAAUUUGUUCAAGGAUUUUGUUGUAAGGAAAUGAAGAAUUCUUCUUUAAAAUACCUAUGAAAGAAUAGAUAUAUAGUAAUUACAUGUUGAUUGUAUUAUUACCUUGGAAGUGCUGUCCAUAAAUGACCCGAUCACCAGAUGUACAUGCUUCCUUAAAAAAUGCUGGUAAGUUAUUUAGGCUUCAGGAAGUUAACUUGUUGGUAACAAGUUUGCAGAUUCCAUCAAGCACACGAUCCAGUGAAGUUAAGUGUAUUGGCCUCAUUUGAAAUCUUUAGUUGCAAUUGGCAGCUUGUCUUCUGAGUUCUUGAUCAUAGAAAUAUGUACUUAUAGCAGUUUAUCAAGCUUGUAAAUAUGAUUAUAUAGUUUACACAAAUCACUCAAAUGGAGUGAGUACUAAAUUUGUUCCUUUUGGGGUGUAUAGUGCACUUAGUCACAUACUCCCUCCGUCCCAUAAUUAUUGUCCAGUUUGAGUUUUCAUUUCUAGUUCAAAUUAUACUAAAAGUGAAAUCUCAAACUGGACAAUAAUUUUGGGACAGAGGGAGUAUCUGUUUAUAAAGUCAGCUUUAGUUUCAUGGAAACAUGUUCAUUAAGGUUGGCUCAUGGUCAUGAUUACCUUCGUUAACCUUCUUCACUGAUGUCUCCAACAAUUCUCCAAUGAAUAUAUUUCCAGAACAGGGAAAGUUUCCCCGGAGUGAUCUCCCUGAUUCCUUUCAGUUUCAGCUGAGAGUUUAAAAUGUAACUGUGAGAUCAAUCAAUUAGACCUAAUCUUUCAACUGACAAUGAUGCCAUGGCUAAACUUCAUCACUUCUCCAGCAAUCACACGCGACUUCAUAAACCCCCUGCUAUCAGUUGGAAUCGCGGAUCCUUUGCAUGAUUGACGAUGAUCUUUUUCCGCAAGGACUAGAUCUUUUCCUCGCUUGUCAAAGCUUGAACUUACUCCAUCUCCAUUUACAGUUGUAGCUUGCUUUUGUACAGGGCUUCUUUCAUUCUUGUACAGACUCUUAUGAAGUUUUUUGUUAUGUAUAAUCUGGGUAUAUCACUGAAGAUGUCAAAUUUUUG